AUGGCUCUGUUCAUGGACUCAGACUUCUCCCUACUCAAACAGAACCAGCACAAAGACAUGAUGGAUUUUAAGGCGUUAUUUGGAGAAACGGAUCACUGUAAAGAUGUCCGCAGUGAGAUCACGGUGUCCUCUCCGGAGCCGGACCGAUCCUCCUCUUCCUCCUCCGCCGCUGCCGCCGCGGCUCUGAUGGAGGGUCAGAGGAAGAGGAAGAGGACCAUCUUCAGCCGAGCUCAGCUGUCUGAGCUGGAGCAAGCCUUCGCUGUGACUCCCUACCCGGACAUCACCCUGAGGGAGAGGCUGGCUGCGCACACACACCUGCCCGAGAGCAAGAUACAGGUGUGGUUCCAAAACAGAAGAGCCAGAAGUAUCAAGACUGGGAGACUCCCCAAGUCCAGCAAGUCCGUCCUGGGAGGUAGAGGAGUCGUUGAUCCUCCUCCUGGUCCUGUGACCUCUGCUUUCCUCACCUCGACCACCCUGGCAGACAUAUUCAGGCCCGAGCAGAGCCACUCCUGCGAGGACGUCCCACAGAUGUAUUCUGACUGGAUCCAGAUCUACAGCAACUCCGUGUCAUCGCCGCCAUCUUCCUCAUCUCUCCACCAGCAGCCCACACUGGCCUCAGCAAAGCCUCCAGAGUCUCAUCACUGGGAGGAGGAGCACCACCAGCGGCAGCACCUGGGACCAGCACUGCCUGGGUUCCUCCCUGGUUCUUUUACUCAGCCUGUCAGCAGGCAGCCUCAGCACUCGGCCUCCGCCCGCUCCUACCAGGCCUUCAGGAACUUCAAACCCCAGAUGAUGGCUCCAUCUGGGGCUCAUCAGGCUGUGUAUGGAGGCGGUGCUGCAGGUGGAGGUCACACCUCCGUAGAUCAGGUGGUUCCUUCCCACCCACAGCCGGUGUACUGGGAGGUAACUCAGGGCCAAGGACACCACCACCACCCGCACCACCAUCACCACCUACAGAUGGGAUCACAGACCUCCAUGGGAUACAUUUCAGACCUGAUCUACAACGCUGCCAUUGUCACCAACUUCCUGGAGUUCUGA